AAGCGAGGUGGCUGCAUGUGGUGGCGCGGACCUAGUGCUAAGGCAGGGAGCAGAGGAGGAGGCAGCAGGGGCUGCUCGCCGCUCUCUCCCGGCUCCCGCUCCCCGGCUUCGGGCACUUCUGUCAGCGGCUGCGAUCCUCACGCCGCCCUCCCUGCGCUGCCCCUCGGUCCCUCUCCCCCGCCGGUACCUGCAGCAUGGACUCGGACUCCGGGGAGCUCAGCGAAGGCGAGCUGGUCUCACCCGCAGGUCCUGAUUGUUUCAGUUCCAAGAAUCUUGCACUACAAGCCCAGAAAAAGAUCCUGAGUAAAAUGGCAAGCAAAACUAUGGCUAGCAUGCUCAUCGAUGACACAAGCAGUGAAAUCUUCGACGAGCUGUACAAAGUAACAAAAGAACACACCAGAAACAAAAAGGAAGCCCAUAAAAUUAUGAAGGACCUGAUUAAAGUGGCUAUAAAAAUUGGGAUCCUCUAUCGAAAUAAUCAGUUCAACCAAGAGGAGCUGGAAAUCGUAGACAAGUUCAGGAAGAAGCUGAACCAAACAGCCAUGACAAUUGUCAGUUUCUAUGAGGUAGAAUACACUUUUGACAGAAAUGUUCUUGCAGAACUUCUGAACGAAUGUAAGGACCUUGUGCAUGAACUAGUGGACCGGCAUCUGACACCGAGAUCCCACGGGCGCAUCAACCACGUCUUCAAUCACUUUGCGGAUGUGGAAUUUCUAACUGCCCUGUACAGUCUCGACGGGGAUUGUCGGCCCUACCUUAAAAAGAUCUGUGAUGGGAUCAACAAGCUACUUGAUGAGAAGAUCCUUUGAAACUGCAUUCAAAACCGAGAAACUAACCAAAAACUUCUCUCUAGAACCAGCCACCCUUCAUGAGCCGUGGUGAGCAAGCGAGCUUCCUUCCCACCACUCUCUUACUGCAGUUUCCAGCAAGAGCCAGAAAGCGUUCACCAGGCUCAUGACGAAAUGGAACACCUAAAUCAGAAAUCUAUCAAUUUUAAUGUCUUGUCCAAAUAACUCAGUCUAAGGAGCAGAGUGAACAAGGCUGCUGAUAUAUGUUGUCUAGAAACAGGCUGCAAUAGACCGCGAUCUUACUAGGUUUUUGAAAAGAGAGUCAACUCUAGUGCAUGGCUAUGCAAAAACAGACAGAUGAAGGCAACAGAGCAAUGCAUGGAAUCUACCCCCAGGCCCCUGGUGUGUAUGUUUUUAUUUCCACGCUAACUGAAAAAGCUAAGACAGCACGUAGGGCUGUGAUGAAUUAAGCUCACUCCUUACAAAAGGAGCAGGAAUCAAUAUGAGAAGGCAUCUCUGUUUUUAUGUGGUAUUUAAGUAUAAGAAGAGAAUAACAAAUAAUACAAACAAGUAGAAGUGGGAGACAAAUGUCAAGAACUGCUCUAUGAACCAAUAUUUUCAUUGCAGAGUUUUGGUUUCUACCUGCUAAUAACAGGUUUUAAUUUUGAAAAGCAGCUUAGUGGAUCAAGCUCCAACCAGAAAACUUGAUAAAGUAGUACAUCAGUUUCCCCACUCAGGGUUUAUGCAUUUGGUACCAUCAGAUGAGUUUAGGCUGAGGGGUUUGCUGCUUUUUUGUUCUCUUACUGGUUUGCUUGACAGAACAAAAUGUUCUUUGUGAAGAUUUUGAAGUUGUACUUGUGAAGAGUACAACUGAGACACCAAUGGAACAGCAAAGUGGUGUUUACAUCCCCUACCCUUAAAGUAAUCAGCCUAGAUAAAACUGUUACUCAUCUCCAUGGCGUUCAUUUGUGCCUACAGUAGAACAGAGGUGUGAGAAAAAGGAACCCCACCCACCCUGCUUGCAGUGCCAUCCCAAUGUUGUAUAGCCACAGUAGUCCUAAGAGAAUAGGCACAGUGACUUGUGAGCUUCAGGAGUGAUUUUUUUUGUUCAGAAUGUUUUUGGUGACUGUUUUUUAACCUUUUUUUAAACAAAUCCACCGAUGUCAUCAAACUGGAAAUGUUUAGCAAAGAAAUACUGGCUUCUCAACAGUUUUGUUGGGAUGGAGGGAGAAAGGGAACAAAGGUGAACCAGCUUGCCACUUGGAGAAUCUUGCAGCUGGGUGGGUGAUGACUGACCCUAAGUAAAGGAAGGAUGUUUGGA